AUGAAGCUUUUUCCCACUGUGACAAGACAACUGGUGAAGAGCAUCCCUCAAUUAAUGCCUUGUCUCCAAGAAGCAAUCUACGACGAGCCGGACAUUGCGAUGAAGUCACUUAGGCAACAGUUCGACAAUCUACUACUUCGACCAAUCCGGAAAUUAGAACAAUCCGAUCAUCCAAUACGGACUGUGGUAAUCGUGAUAGACGCAUUGGACGAAUGUGAACAAGACGAUGACAUACGAACUAUCCUCCAAUUACUACCACAGCUACAGCAGUCGAAUGCUCUGAGCUUACGGAUCUUCUUGACCAGUCGGCCAGAACUCCCUAUUCGCCUAGGGUUUUCGGAAAUGGCAAAUGAUGACUAUCGGGACCUUGCUCUUCAUCAGAUUCCUGAGGCUGUGACAGCACAUGAUAUAUCGCUAUUCUUCAAUCACCGACUUGAAAAUGUUCGGAAGAUUCAGUCUCUACCUAUUGACUGGCCUGGAGUCAUGGAUUUACAGGCUCUCGUGACAUUAUCAGUGCCACUAUUCAUCUUCGCUGCUACUGUGUGCCGUAUAUUUGAGGAUCCUCAGUGGGACCCGGUUGAUAGUCUGACGGAGAUCCUUACACAUCGGAGUGAUGGAUCUCAACUCAAAGGGACGUAUCUUCCUGUGUUAAAUCGACUUCUUAAAGGACAGAGUAAAAAACAGGAAAAACAACUAGUCGAUGAAUUCCAAAGCGUCAUCGGUGCGACCGUGAUGCUUGAGACUCCACUGCCAGUUACCUCGCUUUCAAGGCUGAUUGGUCUUCCAGAGAGGCGGGUUAGUCUUAGGCUGAAAUCGCUACAUUCAGUUUUGAGUGUACCAGAGGAUAGUAAUCUGCCAGUACGCCCCUUUCAUCUGUCAUUUCGAGACUUCCUUCUUGAUCCAGAGAUGCGAGAUGAAACUCCUUUCUGGGUAGAUGAGGAAGAGACACAACAGAAGUUAACUACACGUUGCCUUAGCCUGAUGUGUGAUGGUCUGAGAAAGAAUAUAUGUGGACUACCAAGUGAUGGGUCAAGGCGUGCGGAGAUUAGUCAUCAGAUUAUCCACAACUCUCUCUCUUUAGAGUUACAAUACUCCUGUCGUUAUUGGGCGUAUCACCUCGUGCGGAGUAAGGACCUACAGUUUGUGUUGUCUCAGGCACUAUCAUUUCUUCAGGAGCACUUUUUGCACUGGAUGGAAGCAAUGAGUGUCCUAUGCUAUAUAUCUGACAUUGUGGGGAGCAUUAAUCUCUUACAGACAGUUGUUGCUGACAGCGGUAAUUCUUCAAUGUCCGAGUUUCUGCGUGAUGCAAAGCGCUUUAUUCUGAGAAGCUGCCAGAUAGCUGAGGUUGCGCCUCUUCAGCUUUACUGUUCCGGACUGAUAUUCACACCGCGAAAGGCGAUACUUCACCGACAUUUUAGGAGAGAGCUUCCGAAUUGGUGUUGUCAGCUACCACAGGUUGAGGAAGCCUGGAGUCCAGAACUACAGACUCUCGAGGGCCAUUCAGACUCGGUUCUAUCAGUGGCCUUCUCGCCUGACGGCCGGCUGCUAGCGUCUGGCUCCGAGGAUGAAACUGUACGGCUCUGGGACCCGGCGACGGGCGCGCUACAGCAGACUCUCGAGGGCCACUCAGGCUCGGUUCGAUCAGUGGCCUUCUCGCCUGACGGCCGGCUGCUAGCGUCUGGCUCUAAUGAUAGAACUGUACGGCUCUGGGACCCGGUGACGGGCGCGCUACAGCAGACUCACGAGGGCCACUCAGGCUCAGUUCAAUCAGUGGCCUUCUCGCCUAACGGCCGGCUGCUAGCGUCUGGCUCCGAUGAUGAAACUGUACGGCUCUGGGACCCGGUGACGGGCGCGCUACAGCAGACUCUCGAGGGCUACUCAGGCUGGGUCCGGUCAGUGGCCUUCUCGCCUGACGGCCGGCUGCUAGCGUCUGGCUCCGAUG